AACAAUCACUCCCCUUCUCCGUCAUGUUUGCACAUGGUUACUGUCCAAGGAAUUAAUCUCCUCUGCUUAAGCAAAGUGGCAGCAUGUUGUAGAGAGGUCCUCCACACAACCCAGCUGUUGCAUGCUGUGCACUCAUUGUUCACCAAGGAUCGUCAGCAUUGGAUUAGUCUGUUUUCAGCUCUGCAGAUUUGGGGCAAGAUAUUCUGUGAAAAGCAAUUUUUGUCCUACAAGAGUCCACCUGAUCCUUACCAGCCCUUCUUGGAGCAGCUUUACGGAGUCAACAUGAAAGAUAGCUAUUGUGGAGACGAGAACCAGCUUUUUAAUGAGGAGGACAUAACUGGAGAAGAGGAGGAAACUCCUCCCUUAAGAGGAAGGACAAAAGGAGGAUGUAUGAAAUGUCAGCAGACACAUUCUCUCCAGCUAGCUGUCAAAAUGCUGUAUGGCUUUUUUGCUUUGCUCAUCAUUGCUGUGGCUGUCUUGGCAUCCCUUGUUUUUAGGAGAGUUGAUAACUUAUCUGAAGAGGAAUCACUUUACCACAAAAAGAUUUCCAAAGUCCAAGAAAGUAUAAAAGAUUUCAGUACAACAAACAACUACUCCAACUGCUUGGAUGUUGCACAAUUCCAAAAGGAGAUUGCCAGACUGCAGAAGGAGUUUGAAGAGAUCCAGAAGAUGGUUCUGAGUCAACAGCAGCAGUUGGACCAGAACACUCAGUCUCAACAGAGUCAAACACAAUCUAGCAACAGGAUGAACAGAGAUCUUCAGGCCUUUGGAAUCACCAUCAAGCAUGUAAACCAGUCUCUAGGCCAGUACUUGGAUCAGGUGAAUGGUUGGCAGGUCGUCAUCAAUGAAACUGAUCAAGGGAUGAAAACCCUUGUUGAAGAUCAGUAUGAUUUGAAGGCCACAAUGCAGCAAGUCAACACUACUGUUGCACUUAGUGCAUUGUGGAUAGGUGCUCUUCAGAGGAAGGCUGAAGAGGAGACCUUGGUGCUUCAAAAAAUAACAACAGACUGGCAGAACUACAGCCUAGUUUUAAGUGCACUAAAGUCCAAUGCCAGUGUAACCACACAGACUGUAAGGACUAUGCAAAGUGGUGUUUCUGCCAAUCACCAGCGAAUCAGCAUGAGCUCAGAGAUGGUACAUGACCUUACUUUACAAGUCAUGAACAUUCAGAUGCAAUUGGACAAUGUUUCUUCUUACAUUGACGAACACGAGGAGAACAUGCAUGACCACCAGUACCAUGCCAAGUAUUAUGAGAACCGGACUGGGGAACGAUUUGUGACCUUGGAUGCAAGAAUGAACUCCAUUGAAAUGGAGAUCGACACAAUCUCAUCCAGCAUUAAUGCAACCAUCAACCAUGUUCAGAGCAUGUACAAAUACAUUAACAUUGAGAGUUCCUCUUGCCAGUCCAGACUGGGUAGUCAUACGGAAGACUUGCAGAACCUCAACAACACGGUCUUACUUCUUCUUCACCUGGCCGACACUCUAAGAAUGCAGUACAUGUUGUUGAGUGUACGCCUUGACACCGACGUGAGGAACCUUUCCAUGGUGAUGGAGGAGUUGAAGUUGGUAGACACCAAUCACGCACAGCUGAUCCAGAACUUCACUAUUUUGAAAGGUCUGCCUGGUCCUCCAGGUCCAAAAGGAAACAAAGGCGAACAAGGAGCCAAAGGACCUACAGGUCUUACGGGAACAAAAGGAGACAGGGGGCUUGCAGGAAAUCGUGGGCCUCAAGGGCCAAAAGGUCUAAUGGGAAUUAAGGGUGAAACAGGAGUACAGGGAGCUUCUGGGAUGAAAGGGAUGUCAGGACUUAAAGGAGAGACAGGUUCUUUAGGGCAACCAGGGCCUCGUGGUGAAAAGGGACAGAAGGGUGACAUGGGUCUACCUGGGAAAGAUGGAUUUCCUGGCCCCAAUGGACCGGCAGGAAUCCGGGGACAAGCUGGCCUCCCAGGGGUACAUGGGCCACCUGGACCGGUAGGAAUACAGGGCCCUAUAGGACCACCGGGACCACCUGGAAUACCUGGGCCACCAGGGGAGCCUGCCCAGAAGUCAUGAGCAGACAGGCAUUAUCUUUCUGUUCUUAAAACUGCAUUUUCCUAUCCCAAAUGGUGAUACAUUAACUGCCUUUCUGGACAGAUUGAUGAUGUCUCUUGCAGGGUCACCCCUAAAAUUCAUGGGGCCUGGGACAAAUGUUUAUUGGUGGGCCCCCUCUUCUCUGGGCCCAUUGACUAGGGCCCCCUUCAUAAUAGGGCCUGAGGCAAUGUUCUCAGUUGUGCCCCCGAUGACGGCCCUUGUCUCUUGUAGUAGAUGGUGGAGAUCCACUUGGAGCUCUUUCAACGUAAGAUGAAGGGGGGACUCCUUGUAUCUUAGAGGUCUAUACGUGCAUUCCCAAACCAAGGAGUUUGCUCUAAAAACAAUUAGACACUUUAUAUAGGCAUCAAGCACAAACCUGUAUGAUCCUCUUCACAGCAAUCUUGCUUCAAAUAUGGUUACAGAGCCAGGCUGCAAUGAAACCAUUAAUUGAAAAAGGUACUAUCCACUGGCCUAAAACAGAAAACCCUGUUCAUUUUCUGAUAGUAAAUAUCUGAUUAUGUAACAAUGAUGGACUAUAUUAGGCAUAUCACAGUCUAAUUCAUUGAUUAAAAUGUUAAAUAUUCAGAGCACUUGGGUUUGAUUAGGCAUCCAUACCAAGAUACCAAUAGCAGACAAAUGUUCUUGUGAUCCUAGAGCACUUUUAAAGCCAGCAUCAGCAAGUGAUAGAAGACAGACAUUAAAACAAUUCAGAUUGUGCUUAAUUGCUCUAUAUGAAGUGUAUUUUGUAAUGCAGCAAAGUCCGUUCUAAAUUUGCGUCAUAAUCAUAGAACAUUCAGAGCAGGUACUCUGGUGAAACAAGAUUUUUAUUGUGUGAGUUAAUUGUACUAAACAUUUCCUGGAGUAUUUAAAUUGUACUAUAUACUCCCAGCCUGGUCAAGCUUGUCUAGUUAGCAGGUUUUACAGGGGUUUUCGGCAAUGGCCAGCUGGUCAGUCUAAGACCAGCCAAACACCAGUUUGGUCAGGUUAGACUAGCAAACCACCGUUGGCUGGUUUAAGAUGUUUUUUUCCAGCAGGGAAGGCAAUGCAUAUAGUGAAAUGUACAGACAAAUGUAUUCAUUCAUUAGAAAAGGACAGCGCAACAUUUUUAAUGCUCCUAUUUGUGUGUCUGAUUUCUCAAUGUGUAAAUAUAGAUAAUGUAUUUGAAAUGUUAUGCAUUCGCUAAUUGCCUCCAUUUUGAGGCUCUUUCUUAGUGUUCAUGUGGAGGCCCUGAUUAAGUGAUAGCAUACAAUCUCUUUGCACAACAAUAAAGAGUUAUUAUAAGAAUAUGAACAGAAUGGGAACAUUUUAUAUAGCAUUUUGUUUGGCAAUUCAAGAUCACUUAGCACAUACUUACAAUUUUAAUGACUGCUUUCGUUAUUUCUUAGUAGAGAACCAAACAAAAAAAAAACAUUUCCCUGAUUAGCUAUCUAAAAAAUAUGGGGACCAUGGACUUUUCAGCCAUCAAAGUGCAGCACAUGGUGGUGAAAAGCAGGAACUAAAAACGGUUCAAGGAACGAAAACGAACAAAUUUUUAGCAGAACGUAACCGAAAACCAGAACAAAGUGAUUUUCAAUUGUUCCGGAGUGAAAACGUUACUUUUAAAUGCUGGUAACCGGUUAUAACCGGUUAAUUUUGUUCUGAUAAUUUUUUCAUCAGACCAAAGGCCAAAGGGUUCAUCACAGUAAAUUUUUGGAUCUACACCACUUCAUGUUGCAUGUGCUUUGAUACUGAAGGAAACUGCUGCAACACAUUUCUUUACCUAAGCGUCUGUUAUUGAUGUCACAUUCUCUGAAUGAAGACCUUUUUAACAACUAUGUAUAAUUACUACAUAUACAUGCACAGCUAAUCCAGGUACAAGGAAAACAUUAUAAGAGGUUAAAAGUACUUUCUCAGUUGUGUCCAUAUCUUCACUGAAUUAUUGUUAGAUAUGAUGCAUUAAUUCAGAAUUGAUGCUGCCAGAUUUUGACUCAGAAGCAGAUCUGUAAUUAAAAUUAUACUUAACUGUUAAUUAACUGUUUGUUGUGAUUUCUAUGCCGAUAAAUCCACCACACAGGAACAAAAUUAAUAGCUUAUUUUAACUUAUUUUGGUGAGGCGAGUGGCUUAUUUUGGGCUUAUUUCCAGACCAUGUUGCUUGUUUCUAUUGCGAGAUCUGGCAACACUGCAACUGGUAUUUCACACACCCCUUAGUGCAGAAUACUGUCAUUUGAAAAAGAACUUUAUUAACCAUUCUUUUAUUAACCUUUCAGAAAGGAGACUUUCUUCUGAACCGGAAUGAAAAAAUACAGUUUUUCUCAGAACGAACUGAAAUGAAAAACAUUUCAUUUUCAGUCCCUGGUGAUAAGUCUCAGUGAUAUCUGAACACUAGCAAGUUCUUUAAAUUAUUUUCCACAUGUGACAAAUCAUCAUCGUGGCUACAGUGCACACAGUUCAGCUCCAUUGGAUGGAUCAUUAUAUGACUCAUUUUGUUAGAGAAAGUGCUAUCAAAAGCAAGUGCAAAGUUGAAAUGAGAUCAACACGAUUGAAAGUCCAUGUAGAAAUAAAAAAGUGAGAUGAAUGUGAAUGCUAGCAAAUAGCUUUCUCCAGG